AUGCGCAUUGAUGUGUGGAUUGACUAUCCUAUAGAGGACUAUAAGGCGGUCGCAAAGUCUCGAAACUUUACGGGUAGUGUAGUUGUAGUGACCGGUUCCUCGUCGGGCAUCGGAGAGGGAAUCGUUAAACUGUUCUCAAUAUUAGGGGCUAAUGUUGUGGUCACUGGAAGGACAGCUCCAGAUGUUCAACGAGUGGCCAAAGAGGUACAGGAGUUGUCACCACUAAAACUAAAGCCAUUAGAAGUUGUGGGAGAUUUGACCAAAACCUCUGAUGUAAACAAUUUAAUCGAUUCUACGGUCAAAACGUUUGGCCGAUUGGAUGUGUUGGUCAAUAACGCCGGUAUAUUUAAGCCGACAAACAUCACUCAAACGGAUCUAUUGUCAGUUUGGGAUCAGAUAUUUUCCAUCGAUUUACGCGCUGUCGUAGAACUCAUCCACCGAUCGGUUCCACAUCUGGAGAAAACUAACGGAACUAUUAUUGAUAUUUCUGCCAUAACAGCAAUUGCACCGGUCAAAUUUGAGCUAGCUUAUGCAUCGGCCAAAGCGGGUUUGGAUAUGUUGACUAAAAUAAUAGCCCUGGAAUUGGGGCCAAAAAAUGUUCGUGUUAAUACCAUUAACCCUGGUACGAUACAUGUGAGAGACCCUCCGGAUCCUAUAGAAGUACUUGCGGCCAAAUUAACGCCAUUGGGAAGAGUGGGUCAACCCCUAGACAUCGCCCGUGCGGUCGCAUUCCUGGCCUCCACUGACGCCCACUUUAUAACCGGCGCUAAUGUUGUGGUCGACGGCGGCGUUAUAUUCAACGUCGGCGUUGCAAAUACACUAAACAUAUAAUAUAUUAUUGUAUAAUAACAACAUGUUAGACAACAUAUAA